AUGGCCCUGAAUCAGAUCCUUACAGGGGGUAUUGGCCUCGCAGCCGAAGCGAUAAAACACCAAAAGAACAAGAAAGCUGCCAAAACUUCAACCGCAGACGAGUCGAUAUUAUUUGAGACAGUUGAAUCCUCCCAUUUCCAGCAAACGAAUGCUGGGAACGAGGAAGUAUCUCAAGAGGCCAACAAGAUUUCACUAAGAUGCACUAUGUCGACCGACAAACUUCACAACGAUCUUGACGGUUUUGAGAAGAGACCAUCUAUGGAAUCAGGUCCACCGCGGGCUGUUAUACCAAGAGGCAUAGGCAAAGAUCCUGCGCGUAUUUCUACCCUUGUCGAGGCAUUCCUCGCAGUCCACCGACCACUCGUACGCCAGACGCCUGCCCCUUUGCCAUUUGCCGUCAUAAUUCCACAGCGACGGCCUGAAUCGAGGCAGAGAGGAUUCGUGCCUGCAUGUGCACCUUGUCUUGCGCCUUGUGGCAUCAGUGAAGACGCCUUCAUGCAGUUUCACGAAUUCUAUAACGAGUCUCUACGCUACUCGAAUGCCAUCAAGGUUGUUACUGUUGCAGCUGGAGCAGCUGGUCUGGUUCCCAGUAUCACGGCCACCGUCGUCUCCUUGACGGUUGGGGCGGCUGCGCAAACUGCAGCUUCAUUGCAAAGCCGCCAGCGCACGAAUGAUUUCCUCUCACAGAUGAACUUGGAGUACUUCAUGCCUAUGGGACUUGUCUGCCUCGUUAUGAGAUAUACAGCUCCUGAACAACACACUGAAGCUACAAAUAUUUACCAAGCCCAAUCCCAAGCAACAAACCAAUCGCGUUGGAACUUCAGUGUCGACCACGGCCAGAUGGGAGAUGCAUCAAUGCCACUCGCGGCUCCUCUUAUCUUCCCAAAAGCCGGCUCAAUGCAAGAUCAAGAGAAAUCAACAAAGUUCAAACGGGCAAAGCAGUUUAUCCAGGACUACGGAGACCGAAGGGCACAAGCCGAAUUUGCGAGGAGCCACCCGGAGUCACAGUUGGCCAAGGCUGUAGCAAGCCAAGUCAAAUUCCAAAGCUUUUUAGGAGAUCCAAGAAAUUUCUCCAGCGUCUCUAUGAAUUCAUUACAAGAAAUGGCUCAUGACAGGUUGACAGGUCAGGGAUCCAGAUUCCCUGUUCCUCAGCGUGAUAUGAGAUUCAGAAGCAGAGCCCAAAUGGGUCAUCAUGAAGGACAGCGAUUUCAACAUGCUAGCCUUAAUACUCCAAAUCCACAACCGACGGAAAGGGGUAAUUCCACCGAGGAUGUCCUCUACAUGAUGAUUGUCCCUCUUCCCACCAAGGAACAAAUCAAUUCUGCAUAUGACGAGCCACCAGCAUACUUGGAAACUGAGGAGGUGAGAUGGUGA